AUGAGGCUGUUUAUUGUUGUGCCCAUUCUACCUCUGUUAUGGGCCCAAAAUUCUUUUCUUGAGCCAAAUGCACUUCCAGGUCCUGGAGUGAACUUCCAGGACCAACGACAAACAGGAGGGACUAACAACGUAAGUUUUCUUUGCUUUAAAAUUAUUGUAAUUAUCAGUCUGUCGGGAAAAUAACGGCGGAUCGUCGCGCCUCGGAAUCGCCCAUCAUCGCUUUGCGACUGCAAGCCGCAGCUUGGGGUUUUGUGCGCGACAGCGGCGAGGCGAGACAUUUUUCUGCGACAAUCCGCCGUUAUUUUCCCGACAGACUGAUAAUUGUCUCAACUUCAAGGUGUCCCCCUACGAUCCCUUGCGCAACUUUAACUCGAUUAAUAAUAAUGCGAAUGGAAUUAGUGUCCAAGUGGAGCUGAAAGAUUAUACCAAUAAUCGACAUGCAUUGGACGACGACCGGACUUGUCAGUGCAGUUCUGGAGAAUGUCUUCUAGUCAGCCCUCAGGGCAUGGGUUUUAGAUGCUUGUUUACAUUCAUGGUUAUUGUGACAUCUGCAGAGUAUGUUUACUUUAUGCGUAAAGAAAUUAUUGUUUAGUGAGACUGUGCAUUAUCGUUCUACUGAUUUCCUGCCGUUAAAUAGUUUUGGCCAGAUCGACGCCAAUUAUUCAGCCGCUUUCCGAGGAAAAUUUGAUUUUUUGCUAACAAAUGAGCCGGUAAGUUUGGGUUUCAAAACGCGUAUUAGACCACAUUGCCCUUCUUUUUCUUACCAUCCCUGAUUGCAGAAGGCCAUCAAUGUUUUUGUUUACAAUCUGGGUCCGGUUAUCAAUACGAUGAGUCGCAAGUUGGAAAAGGCAAACACUCUCUAUCAGGUUGAUACCUUCACAAUUCCCGUCAAGACCUCUGAUUCUUUGGAUGGGCAAAGACAAGAGUCUGUGGUGGGAAAACUCCUGGGAACACAGUGAGUUUUGUAAUAACGGGGAACAGAUAUUACGGGCCAAAAUUACGAAUGACUCAAAUAAGAGCUGAAUUCGACACUUGGGAGUUUCGAAACACACAUUCAUUUUCAAUUGAUGCAUUGCGGAAAGUCUCGUACAAUUAGACUAAAGAAAUAAACACUUUCAGGCUUACUAUCGGCUACUCAGUCAGUUGUCGCAACAAUCUUUAUGGUUCUGGUUGUGAUCUCCAAUGCAAUAAAUCCACUGCCAACUCAGGGAGUGCCAUUUGUCACAAUGUCCAGACCGGCUUCUUCAGUGUUUGUCGAUGGCAAGGACCAAAACAAGUGUAUGAUUGUAAGAACUGCCCUUGGGGCAUAAAGGAGAAUGCCUAUUGCAUGGACGAGAGGGGUGGAGUCCUGGAAUCAGACCACGUGGGAGUCGUCUCCGAAGAUUUCCGAACAGCCACUAUUAUUCUUGGAGUCAUCACUGGUCUUCUGCUUAUACUAUUACUAGCUUUUGUCAUCUUGUACUGUUGUGCGAAGAGAAGCGGCAGUUCUCGAGGAUACAGGGGAAGUGACAGAGAUGAUAUAAGACCGCUGAAUACGGCUGAUUCGACUGCUUUGACUCCGGUUAUUACUCCUAAAAACUCUAGAGGUCAGAUAAUUCAAAACAAACCUUAUACGAAAUGGCCCGAACCAAGUAAGUGCUUCCAAAAAAUGACAACUUCACAGUACCCUGAUAUUAAUACCGUCUAUUCCAGAGCCCAGACCCGGGUACCCUGUGCCCUCCCAUUUGUCCGGAGGUGUUAACAACUCCCUGAACUCCUCCUUCAGCAGCGUCGCUCCCCCAAUUGUUCCCAGCAGAUCAGCUGAUGUCUAA